GCAGAGGAAGUACUAAAUAAUUUUCGUAUUAUGGUACUUUUUUCAAUAAUAAUAAGCACACUUGUCUUGACUUUUGGUGGAAUUAUAUUAAUUGUGAAUUCACCGCUACUUCUAAAACUGCAGUUCGUAAUCGUAUCUCUCACUGUACUUACGGAAGUUUUCAUGUACGCAUGGCCUGCUGACCACUUAAGAGAAAUGAGCACAAAUGUUUCACGAAGUGCAUACAACUUGAUAUGGUAUAAACAGACGUUAGAAAUACAAAAAAAUUUACUGAACGUAUUAGUAUUUCAAGAACCAGUAACUUUGUCUGUCAGUUGCGUGUUGCCAGAGCUCUCUCUCCGUUAUUAUUGUUCGUAUCUAUCCAAUGCCAUGUCCAUCUUCACCGCUUUGCGUGCCGCGAUAGGAGAUAAUUCUACAUAAGCGUAUCAAGAGUAUUAAUUUUAUCUUAUAAUGAAGUUUUCGUUACGAUCAUGAUUAGCAUCACGAUUAUGAAGUAAGUUCCGCAAUAAAUAAAAUGUCAAAGCUAUAAUAUCGGUGGAAACUAAUUGUAAUACUUAUAUCAAAUUUUGAACUUGUUGCGUAAUACACAAAUAUAUGAAUAAACAGGAAUCACUGUUAGAAAAUGUGACUCUGUAUAUUGUAACAGUUACAUUACUUAUAAUUAGUUACGUUAUUGAUGCUAGUUAAAAUUCUUGUUCCAUUAUUCGUAAUACUAUGAUUAAUACAAAGUGUUUGUCGUAACAAUCGGAUACUUCACAUCUGUUAUAGCUGAGUGUAUAUGUCGAAGGUUGAUAUAGCAUUUAGUGUGAAGCUUAGGGUAUUACCCUUAGCUGUAAGAGUAAAGGUAGCAGCUGAUAGGGCCGUUUGCAUUACAUGAUACUGUUACAAUGCUCCCGCACCAAAUAUUUAUCACAUUUCUUUCAAAUAGUACAUUGUCGAUGAGUAAAAAUAGUGCAGCUUCCAACAUUGACGCAGUCCACCGUGCCUUCCGGAGAAUGCAUUUAGUGGGGUGACAGUACAUACUACACUGAUGCUGUGCAGAUUGUGUUUAUCAAAUUAUGUGUAUUCAAAUUAUAAUUUGAAUUUUUAUUAUUGCUUUGUGGUAGUACCUUCUUUUUGGAUUGUCAUGUGCUAGAAGAUUGUAUCAAACGCUUUAAGCUUAUUCGUAAAGUUUUGUAGAAAUAAUAUCUAUUUACUUCACGGUACUUACAAGCUAUUAAAGAAAAUUCAUUUUGUAACUACAUAAAUCUUUUUUAUUUGUUGUGUAUUAUCAUUAUUGUCGUUAUUCAAGUAAAUGCUACUAUAUAACCAGAAUCAUUAAAAGAUAAUAGGAUACUGUAAAUAUUUUUAAUGAACUAAGUUAUUCUGUUAGCAAAAUGUAAAAUUGCGCUUCUAUAUCUAUAGAGAACAGGGACAAAAAUAAACAGUUAAUUUUCAUUUCUUGAAAAAUUUUGUUCAAACUUAUAUGUCCGUCUAAAAAAAUAUCUGUUCCUGUGGAGUCGUUAUGGAAAGUAAUAUUAUCCGUAGAAACUUCCUUAAAAAGUUUUCUCGAGAUAUUUUAGAUUCCGUUUAAUGAAAAUUUCGUAGAAAUACGUUAUUUUAGGACGUACA